UCCAUUUCCUUUUACUUUCUCUCUCCUCAGAUUAAGCCAAAAACCCAGCAGUUUCAACAAUGGCUUCGUCUUCUUCUCCACUAAACCCGCCAUUUUUACUCACAAAUUCUCUCUCCUCACCUUCGAAACUCUUCCAAUUCUCACCCCCUUCAUCCCAAUUUAUCCCACAAUCCAGAAAAUAUAGCAAGAAAAGAGCUAAUUUGAUUUUGUGUAGCAGCUAUGAAGUAGGUGGUGGGUACCCAGAAUCCAAAACAACACAGGAACAAUUUAACGAGAAACCAGACAGUUCUCAGUAUGAAGCAAUUCUCAAAGGUGGGGAGCAAGUUACUUCCGUUCUUCAAGAAAUGAUCACCCUUCUAGAGGAUAUGUACAUGGAUGAAGCAUCUGAGGAAGUUGCCGUGCAAUUGGCUGCACAAGGAGUUAUUGGGAAGAGGGUUGAUGAGAUGGAGUCUGGGUUCAUGAUGGCUCUGGAUUACAUGAUUCAAACAGCUGAUAAGGACCAGGAUGACAAGCGCAAGUCGCUUUUGGAGGUCAUCAAGGAGACGGUAUUAUCCCAUCUCACGAAGAAAUGCCCACCACAUGUACAAGUGAUUGGACUGCUUUGUAGAACUCCACAGAAGGAGAGCAGACAUGAGUUGCUACGUCGAGUGGCUGCUGGAGGUGGAGAAUUUAAGGGUGAAAACGGAGCGAAAGCUCACCUUCCUGGUGCUAAUCUUCUCGAUAUAGCAAAUCAGGCUGAUGACUUAUUGGAGACAAUGGAAACUCGACCUGUUGUUCCCGACAGAAAGCUGCUUGCCAGGCUUGUCUUAAUCAGAGAAGAAGCCCGAAACAUGAUGGGAGGUGGAAUACUUGAUGAAAGAAAUGACCGUGGUUUCAAUACUCUCCCUGAAGCAGAGGUUAAUUAUUUGACCAAGCUGGUUGCAUUAAAACCUGGUAAAACGGUUCUGGAGAUGAUUAAAAAUGUAAUGCAAGGCAAGGAUGAAGGAACAGAUAAUCCGAGCACUGAAAAAGACGGCAGUCCUAGUGGAGUUGUAGGAAGAGUAAGUAUGGAAAGCUCAACUGGGGGAAAACUGCCUCCAGUUCGUCCUGGGAUGUUUCUCGACACUGUAACGAAGGUACUGGGAGGAAUAUAUGCUGGAAAUGUCUCAGGCAUCACUGCACAGCACCUAGAAUGGGUGCACCAAAAAACACUUCAAGUACUUGAAGAGAUAGCAUAUUGAGCCUUCUUCAAUUGCUGCAGCUACGGUUCUUCAGUUUGAAGUGAAUUUUUGUUCCAUCUUUACUAGUUAAGGUACAUGAUAUUCAAAACUUAAUAAAUUAAUUGUACAUAGCUUAUUGCAAUCAAACACUCAUGUCAGUUGGUGGAGUUGGUGGGGAACUCAUCCUGUGACUUUUGAGGUCAUAGCAAAGACCUGCGCAGCUGGGCUGGUAACCUGUGAUUGGUGCUUGUUCAGUAGGGUGACUAGGAUCCCUUCUUCUCACCUUAAAAAAAACAUCUUACAUAUCACGACCUUUAUAGAAAAAAUCGGUAGGGUAGGUAGGAUGAAAUAUGUAGGUGUAUUGACACGUGUAUGUAGUCGUAGAAACGUAGGAAGCUGGAUUGCUUGUUCACAUCUGUUCAUGGCAAUUAUAUGCUCUUAAAGAAGAAAAGUAAUGUUCUUUAUCAGUGGCGUUGUCCGCCCUGUCACCGUCUUUGUCUGAUGAUAGAAUUCCUUUUUGUGAACUAAAGUUUUGUACUUCUAAGGUUCUGAGGCAUGUAUUUCCUUGAGAAAUAUCGUUUUCUGAUAAAAAUAGAGGAGUUUUCUGUUA